AUGUCUAUAAAUAUAAUCAAAUCUCAUAAAAUUGAAGUACCUAAGCAAAGUAAUAAGCAAAAAAAUAUCAGGAAUUACAUGAAAACUUCUCAAGUAUUUCGAUGUAUCAUAGAAUUCUAUUUAAUAUAGCAAAAAGUUUAGAUGGAUUUAUGAAACUUUUAUAAUAUACAUGCUAUCAAAAAUCAGAACAAAACAUCGAUACUCAAUAAGUUAUUUCAACUGCAAGAUAACUUAAUACAUAAAGGACAUUAAUGGAAUUUGGAUUUAUUAAUGGAAGAAGUUCUCCUAUUAAAAAGAAUAGAUAACAUUAGAGAAGUAGAUAAAAAAAUUAUAAAUUUCCUGAGUUAGAGUAUAAAAUAAGGAGAUUAAGUUGUGGUUGUAGUGAAUGUGGUAUGGUUGGAAGAAAAAUUAGAAAAUUUCAUGAUAUUCUUAUUUCAAAAGUUAAUGAAGAAGAAGAAGAACAUCAAUAAACUUUCAUAAGAAAUGGGUAGAAAUUAAGAGGAAUUUUUAAUUAAGUGGCUAAAUCUGCAAAAGUAUGCCUUAGUUUAAGAACUUUAUAAUCAGAAAAAGAAAGAGAAGAGAAAAUGGAGUUUAGUCCUGAGCCAAAAUCAAGUGUUUUAGAAAUUUAAUGUAAAUAAGUGUCUCGAAAGAUUAUUUCAUAAAACUCAAUGAAUCAAUUACCAUUAAUAAGAAAACCUUAAAUGAAAGAUUACAUUAGAAAAAUAAACAAUCUAAAUAAUCUUAUCGAAUAGACUUAACUGAUAAUUUGUUCAUCUUCUACAUUAAUUAGGAAUUCAGCACCAAAUUUGGAUGCAUUUGAAAAGAGACAAAAAGAAAGUCCAAUGUCGAAAAGAGAAUAAUCAAUGCAUAACUCUCGAUAUAAAUAAAAUAUUUACUUAAUAAAAUCACCUUUGAAUGGAUUGACAUUAUAGAAGUUUAGAGAGUUUAAAAUAAAAUAAUGAAAUAUAUUUAAUUUUGGAAUUAAAGCAACGAUAUUGAAUAACCAUCUGAUCCUCAAGAGAAAUCAGGAUUUGUGUCUAAAUUUUCUUAAUCUUUUAGAUUUCUAAAGCCAUGUAUGAUUAAAUAAUAUAAUAAAGAAAAUGUUGUAACAAAAGUGUAAGAUGUAUAAUAAGCAGCAAUGAAUUGGAAGAAUUUUGCAAUAUUUUUUGGAUUGGGAUUGUGUUUCAUGUUUAUAGCAUUCACAUUUUUACCUUUGAUCAUGGUGUUUCCAGCUAAAUUUGGAGGCUUAUUUAGUUUAGGGUAAGAUGUGUAUUUAAAUAUAAUAUAGAUCAUUAAGUUUAUGGAUUUCAUUAUUUAUAAUCAAAGGAGGAACUAACUUUAUGAAGAUGUUUUGUAAUAAGGAAAAAUUCAUCUAUACAAAUAUUUAUGUGAUUAUGUUAAUGGCAACAGUUUAUUUUAGUCUAAUCCAUAAGAAUUACAUUCUAGUGUUAAUGUUUUCAAUUGCUUAGGUAUUUUAAUACUUAUUAAAUUUAGAUGAUAUCUUUAGGAUGGUUAUUUGCAUCUUCAUUUCCAGCCGGAAUCACUGGAAUGAAGUUUAUUACAAAAUAAAUACUUGCACUAAUUAAAUAGAUAAUGUCUUUUUGUUUUAAGUCUUCAUAAUCAAAUUCAUUUCUACCCAUAUGAUA